GGAACUCACCAUAGAGCACAGGAGUUCCGCUUCCGGUCCUGGUUUUCCUUUUGUCUGACCCGCGAGGAUGGAGGUGCAGGUGGCUCAAUGCGCGGAGCGGCUUCAGCGGCAGGAAAAGGAAAUCAAGUUUCUGACUGCAGAAGUUGAUCGUCUGAAAAACUAUGGAUGUUUGGGAGUUUCCCCAAAUUUGGAAGGGUUGCGGGAAGAGAAUGCAAAACUUAAAUAUCGCUUAAAUGUUCUACAAAAGAGCCUUCAGGAAGAAAGGAGUAGAAGCAAGCCAUCAAAAGGCAUGAUUAACAUCAAUAGCUGCCUUCAAGACAUUUUUGGAGUGGCUAUUAAAGCUGCAUAUCCAGAUCUAGAAAAUCCUCCACUGUUGGUGACACCAAGUCAGCAGUCCAAGUUUGGUGACUAUCAGUGUAACAGUGCUAUGAGCAUAACCCAGAUACUGCUCAAGACCAAGGAGCAAAAAGUGAGCCCAAGAGAUAUAGCUGAUAAGAUUGCCAGAAACAUUCCUGACAAUGAAUGCAUCGCAAAGAUUGAAAUCGCCGGUCCUGGUUUCAUUAAUGUGCACUUGAAAAAGGAUUUUGUAUCUAAACAACUAAGCAGUAUGCUGGUGAAUGGAGUUCAGUUGCCUGCUCUUGGUGAAAGGAAGAAGGUGGUGAUUGACUUCUCCUCCCCUAAUAUUGCAAAAGAGAUGCAUGUAGGUCACCUGAGAUCAACUAUAAUUGGGGAGAGCAUGUGCCGCCUCUUUGAGUUUGUGGGGUUUGAUGUACUUAGAUUAAACCAUUUAGGAGAUUGGGGUACCCAGUUUGGCAUGCUUAUUGCUCAUCUGCAAGAUAAAUUCCCAGAUUAUCUGACUAUUUCUCCUCCCAUUGGAGAUCUCCAAGCUUUUUAUAAGGAAUCUAAGAGAAGAUUUGACACAGAAGAGGAGUUUAAGAAGCACGCAUACCGAUGUGUGGUGCUAUUACAGAGCAAAAAUCCAGAUUUCAUUAAAGCUUGGAAACUUAUAUGUGAUGUGUCCCGGAAAGAGUUCCAAAAAAUCUACGAUUGCUUGGACGUUACCAUAAUAGAGAGAGGAGAAUCUUACUAUCAAGAUAAGAUGAAUGAUAUCGUGAAGGAGUUUGAAGAAGGAGGAUUUGUGCAAGUGGAUGAUGGUCGGAAGAUUGUAUUUGUUCCAGGGUAUUCCGUUCCCUUGACAAUUGUGAAAUCUGAUGGUGGGUUCACAUAUGACACCUCAGACUUGGCAGCAUUGAAACAGAGACUGUUUGAAGAAAAAGCUGAUUAUAUAAUUUAUGUGGUAGACAGUGGACAGGCUGUGCACUUACAAACCAUAUUUGCAGCGGGUCAGAUGAUCGGCUGGUAUGACCCCAAAGUGACCAGAGUAACUCAUGCUGCUUUUGGAGUGGUGUUGGGAGAAGACAAAAAAAAAUUUAAAACCCGUUCAGGAGAUACGGUACGGCUGAUUGACCUUCUUCAAGAGGGACUUAAGCGUUCAAUGGACAAACUGAAGGAAAAGGAUAGAGAUAAGGUUCUUACUCCUGAAGAACUGAAAGCAGCUCAGACCUCAGUUGCCUUUGGCUGCAUUAAGUAUGCAGAUCUUUCCCAUAAUAGAAUAAAUGAUUAUAUCUUCUCUUUUGACAAAAUGCUUGACGACAGAGGAAAUACUGCUGCUUAUUUGCUUUAUGCCUUCACGCGAAUCAGAUCUAUAGCAAGGCUGGCCAAUAUUGGAGAAGAGAGACUGCAGAAGGCAGCUACACAAACGGAGAUAAUAUUGGACCAUGAGAAGGAAUGGAAACUAGGCAAAUGCAUUUUGAGGUUCCCUGAGAUUUUGCAAAAGAUUUUAGAUGAUCUUUUACUACACACCCUUUGUGACUACCUCUAUGAACUGGCUACUACAUUUACUGAAUUCUAUGACAACUGCUACUGUGUGGAAAAAGACAGACAAACUGGCAAAAUAGUGAAAGUGAACAUGUGGCGAAUGCUUUUGUGCGAAGCAACAGCUGCUGUUAUGGCCAAAGGUUUUGACAUCUUGGGAAUCAAACCAGUGCAGAAAAUGUAACUAUGUUGACUUUUCAUAUAACUUUUCUACACACAAAAAUGAACUAUUUAGUUGAUUAUUGUGGCCUAAUUGAAAAAUAAAUAUGUU